AUGGCCAAACAAAUCAUUCCGGGCCCGCAGAAGGAUAAAGAGACUCAGUUGCGAGAACAGCGUGAGGCUGAAUCCAAAAGAAAAGCUUACAGAGCCGUCAAGGAGGAAACAAGAAAGCAACUCAAACAUGCCAGAAUCGAAACUCCAACCCCAGAGCCAGAUGCCGUCGACUUGCCCAGAAAGAGAUUCUACAGACAGAGAGCUCAUCUGAACCCAUUUUCCGAUCACAGACUAGAUUAUCCCAGGGACCCAGACAGCAUGGACUGGCUGAAGUUGUACCCCCACUUCUACGAUGAAGAGAAUAAACAGAUGACUCGCCUGGUGGACUUUGCCGACAUUGGAUGUGGUUAUGGAGGCUUGCUCAUCAAGCUCGGUACCGAGUUUCCUGAUAAGUUGAGUUUGGGCAUGGAGAUCCGUGUUCAAGUCACCCAAUAUGUCGAAGAUCGUAUCAUUGCGUUAAGAGAGCAUAAUAAAGACCAAGAAGGAUACCAGAACGUGGCUGUUUUGAGAGGAAACGCCAUGAAAUUCACCCCAAACUUCUUCCACAAGGGUCAAUUGUCCAAAAUGUUCUUCUGCUUUCCUGACCCACACUUUAAGCAGAGAAAGCACAAGGCCAGAAUCAUCACCAACACCUUGCUUUCAGAGUAUGCCUACGUGUUGAAAGAGGGAGGAAUCGUCUACACAAUCACCGACGUCAAGGAUUUGCACGAAUGGAUGGUUAAGCACUUGGAAGAGCACCCAUUGUUCGAGAGAAAGUCGAAGGAGUGGGAAGAUAAGGACAAGUGCGUGGAGCUUAUGUGGAACUCUACCGAAGAGGGACAGAAAGUGGAGCGGAACAAAGGCUCCAAGUAUAUUGCAUGUUUCGAGAGACUUGCCACGCCAGAGGAGUGA